AGUUUAGGAAAGACCUCCAAAAGUUACAGUUCGCAGUUCUGUUGUAGAUUUGACAAGUCUGCAAUUCUCUAGUUGCACUUUUCAAGAGUUUAGAAAACUAAUAAGGGUGUGUAUUGAAUGCUUUUCAUGCUCUGCGUCUGAGAUUGACACGUUAGCAACCUUCCAUGGAUACAUGUCACCUCAACUAGCAAUUUGACUUAAAUGUCUACAUUGGUAUCAUUCUUUGUCACAACAUUUCUGAUACAAUCUGUUUACUUAGGUGCUGAUCUCCGGAAGGGAAUAGCCAGAGGCUCCUCUUUCCCCUGCAAUGGAUGCUGUAAUAAGAGUAUUCAAACGUGUCGCUGGAUUAUCUGAGAGUGCAGGCGAGGCAGAGUUGUCUGGUGCUGCUGGAGUUGCACUCUGUUCCAUCCGUUUGUUGGUAGCAUCCACACAAGCGAUUAAUUUAAUUGGAAAACAAGGAUCAUUAAUCAAAUCUAUACAGGAGAGUACCGCUGCUUCUGUGCGAGUAUUGUCUGGAGAAGAGGUUCCAUUCUAUGCUGCCGCUGAUGAGAGGAUUAUUGAAAUGCAGGGAGAAACCUUAAAGGUGCUCAAAGCUCUAGAAGCAGUAGUGUCUCACCUGAGGAAGUUUUUGGUUGAUCAUAGUGUUCUUCCUCUUUUUGAGAAAACUUACACUGCUCCAGUUUCUCAAGAACGCCAACCAGAUCCCUGGGCUGACAAGUCGUUGCUUCAUACUGCAACUCAAACUGGAGGUGGCACUAAUUAUCCUCUCACAGCUACACGGGAAUCUUUGUUUCUCAGCCAUGAGUCGCAAUUGGAAUCACAACUCCCAUCCUCUGGACUUUCCAUUUAUGGACAAGAGGCUUCUCUUUCUUCAAUACAUUCUUCAAGACUUGGCCGUCCUGGUGCUCCUAUUGUUACUCAGGGCCUUGGAUUACAAGUUGUGAAAUAUUUGGCUGCCAAAUAUGAAGAGCUAGGGUGUGAAGUGAAAUGGAUGGGCAAGCCUGAUAAGGUGAUCUAGUCACAUUGGUCUGGUUACCGCUGUUAACUUCACUUCAUGUGAACCUUUAGCUUAAUACAUAUUUCUCUUGCACUUGACUACCAAGAUGAA